CUGGCAUCACGACAGAGACUGUGUUGUAUCUUGACUCCAAUUGAAUAUUCGAAAAAAUGCCUGAUGGCGAUUUCAGUGAUGCUCUGCAGACGGUGUCUCGAGCAAACGAUCUCUUCACAGCUGACAUGUUCAGGGUAUUGGCAGAAGGGCAAGGUAACUUGUUCUUCUCACCCUGGAGCAUACAGGUAAUUCUGGCGCUUGCGUUUCUCGGAGCUGGCGGAAACACAGCCAAGCAGAUGGCGAGAGGUCUGCGUCUUCCUGAAGAUAAAAAUGCCACUGAAGAAGGUUUCAGUGAAAUACUGCAACAACUGAAGGAAUCCGACGAUGUUAUCCUUAGAGUAGCGAACAGGAUAUUUGUGAAGCAGAAUUUUACCAUUAAAGAGCGGUUCAAGCAGUCAGCGAAGAAAUUCAUGGGCGCAGUGGAAGAGAUGGAUUUUCGGGAUCCAGGAGCGGCAGGUGUUAUAAAUUCUUUGGUAUCGGAGAUAACAAAUGGAAGAAUAAACCUAGUAAUCGGGCAGGGUGCUCUUGGUGAACGCACUCGUAUGGUACUGGUCAAUGCGGUUUAUUUCAAGGGCAACUGGAGCAUACAGUUCAACAAAUAUCUCACAGAACCUCUGCCUUUCCAUCGACCAUCGGAGCCAGUCAAAGAUGUGGACACCAUGCUCGUCAGGGACAGUUUUAUGUAUGCAGAGAUAAAUGAACUUAAUUCUCAGGUUCUCCUGCUUCCGUACAAGGCCAACAGAAUUAGUAUGCUGAUAAUUUUACCCAGAGAGUUAAAUGGCCUACCAGAUGUCGAGAAGAAUCUUACGAAAGUGUCUCUUCAAGAUAUAGUGUCCAGAAUGUACAAAGCUGAGGUAUACGUAUAUUUACCUAAAUUCAAAAUGGAGUACGCAACAUCACUUUCAGGACCACUCACGGACCUUGGAAUGACUGAAAUGUUCAGUGAGGAGGAUGCUGAUUUUUCUGGAAUUAGCAAGAAACGGCUUAAAGUGAAUGCAGUAUACCACAAAGCUUUCAUAGAGAUUAACGAAGAGGGCACUGAGGCUGCUGCGGCAACUGCCGUCAUCGCUGUAUUAGCCCCAUCGCUUGUACCCCAAACGCCUCCGUCUCCAAUAGUUUUCAAGGCAGACCAUCCCUUCCUGUUCUUCAUAUUGGAUCAAAAGACGAGGGCAGUUCUCUUCGCGGGACGCAUCUCCGAUCCUCCAUCAUAAGAAGGCUGCUCUGGUUCGACGUCAUGAGUUUGCCUGCCGCUGAAACCUAAAUUCUCUG